AUGGCGAUUAGUACUAAAACCACCAUAAUCAAUGGUGAUGGUCAUUCAUCAUUGACGACUGGUACAACAUUGGUGGCAGUGGCAGUCAGGGGAAAUACUAGUACGGGUAGUCGACAAGCUGUUUCUUGGGCGGUUGACAAUCUUUUUCUCAUUGCGGAUCGAUUUGUUCUUGUUCAUGUCAUGCCUCCCAUCAAUUUUAUCCCAACUCCAUCAGGAUAUCGUAUCCAUAGCAACGAAAUGGAUCCGAGCAUAGUAGCUAUGUAUAGGCAAGAAAAGAAAGCAGAAUGUGAAGAAAUCUUUCUCCCAUUUAAAACAUUGUGCAGAGCGAAGGAGAUGGAGACUUUGGUUUUGGAAGAUGAAAAUCCUGCUUUUGCACUCUUCAAGUACAUUACAGCAUCCGGUUGUAACAAUCUGGUAUUGGGUUAUUCUAGUUCUUCGAAUUAUGGCGGAAGCUUAGAUAUUUUUGUAUUGCAACCGAACAGGAAAUUGCAGGGUCAAGAUGUGCCAACAACACUUGUCAACUUUGUCACCAACACAUGCAAUAUAUUCGUCGUAUCAAGAAACAAAGUCAUCUCAAAGUUGAUCGAUUCCUACCCGCCUAAUGCUGAAAAGGGGGAAGAAAAUAGUUCAUUUAGUCGGACCCGAAACCAUGAAUUUUCAGUUACUAUUAAUGGACAAGUAUCUACUAUCCAUCCUCCUUCUGUAGCAUCAGAGUAUGGUGACUAUUCAGAAGCAUCAGUAUCAGAAGUUAUUACGGACAUACCUUCUCGAAGACUGACCAACGGUGAUUCUUUCGCUGGUGCGACAGUAACUUAUAAUCAAGCAAUGAACCGCCAGAUGAGACGCACAAAUGGAAAGAAGAACUUGUUGGGACCUCCAAUGGGUAAAGAACGGCACAAUUUCACGACUUCAGCUUUUAAGGAGUCCAAGAAGUUUGAGCUUCAAAGUAAGUUAGCCGUAUUGCAAUCUGAACUUCGCCAUACGCUCGAAAUGUAUGAAAGAGCCUGUGAAGAUCUUGUACAUGUAGAAAAUAAGGUUCAGUCAGUUUCCGCUGAAUGUCUUGAAGAAGCGUCAAAAAUACGAGCUGCAAUCGAAAGAGAAGAAAUGUGGAAUAGAAUUGCUGAAGAGGAGAAAUCGAAAUACUUAGACACUACAAAGGAACUUGAAGUGGCAAGACAAAUGCUCGCGCAAGAAAUUCACGAAAGACAUAAUAAGAACCACCAAGGAACUGAUGUCCUUCCUGAUCAGCUCAAAAGGUUCUCGAAUGUCGCAACUGUUCAGUUACGGAAGGCAGAUAAGUUUAUGCCAAGCCACUAUUUCUGUCCUAUACUUCAGGAAGUAAUGGAGGAUCCACACAUUGCAGCCGACGGAUAUACGUAUGAGUACUCAGCAAUCCAGAAAUGGGUUGCAAAUCAAAAGGUAUCCCCUGUAACGAGAGUUAUACUCCCACAUAUCAGAUUAAUCCCAGAUCUUACUUUACGGGCUGCGAUACAAGAAUGGAAGAAGCAACACAUUCAACGUUCCUAA